CAAGGUACCACACCCCUUCACGUUUCACACUUCAAGCAUUCUCGUUUUUGCGAGGGCUACACUCAUUCGGUGGUGAUUGCCGUGUUCCUAACAUAAAAUAGAAACACUUCGCUGCAGCGAACGAAACAAACAAACAAAUACCAUGAUAUUCUCACGAUCGACUGCCCUACUACCACUGGCUUCCUGCCUGUGGCUGGCACACUAUGCUCCCUCGUUCGUCACGGUCCGAGCAUACUCGACUGGUGCUCAUCCUACCGUACGCCUCAAUACGAAAUUGCCGCCUCGUCUAUCGGAUGAGGAUCGUAUGUGGCGGGCUCCUAGUGCCACGGAGAUUCUCCCUUUGACGCAAUCGCAAUCGAGUUCCCUCUCGUCCACUGACUUGGAAACGUGGAGAUUCCCUGCCAACGGCGAUACUGUCGCUAAGCAACGAGUCGGCAAGUCAGUGACGUCUGCCCCCAUCUGGGCCCCGAACGAUCGAAUUUGGCGUUUUCCACAAGCCUCAGUGCUUUUGCAAAACACACCAACGACACCUCGCGGAAUGCCGGAUGGGUUGCAGCCGGUGGAUCUCGUCUGGCGCUUUCCCAAUCCAACCCUAACCCGUCAGACGAAACAGGUGGGGUCGUACAAAGCGAAGGAACGUCUGUGGAAGACGCCUGCUCUCGAUUCUGUCCUGCAGGAACAUUCUGGAUACCUCCAGUCGAUUCAAAGGUCGUUGACGGCUACCAAUAACAGCCCGUGGAAGCGUAACGACUUGUUCCUACCCAACGAACGUAUCUGGAGUACACCUCGUCCCUCUCAGAUCCGAACGCAUUCGCAGUAUUCGGCCCCCUUUCCCCAUCAAGAGCGUCUUCGGCGCCAACCCACGGAAGCCGAAAUUCGACCAGACGCGGUUCUUGCAACGCUCGAUUGGGAACCCUCCGAACGAGCCUGGACCUCGCCUUUGCCAGCCCAUGUGACCACGGCGAUUGCUCGGGACGAAGACGACUGGACACCGAAUGUUCCCACGUACCGUGCUAUGGAAAAACGUUUGCCGGCCGUGGGAACAAUGCGCCGAGUUGGAAAUACAAUGCCGAAAGCUUUUUCCGACGCGGAUAAAAUGUGGCGGCGUCCUCAACCCCAACACGUCGAAUCGUUUCUCCGCAAUCAUCUCGAAAUCGUGCACGCCACCCCCACGAGCAAAGAUAAAGAGACUGACCCCCACUUACAGGAACAGCUUUGGGAAUGGGCCUAAACCGCUAGCGAACACUAUUUCGUUGUCAGGCUUCGCUACUGCUACACCCAUCACACACCAAUGAUUAGACCUUGAUACACACACCAUACUGUGCCAGUUACCAACAAUGCUCGAUGCCUUGCGCACGCGUCCAGUCACCACCAGAUAUCUGUAUGCCAACAUAGACUAUACUAAAGAGAACUUUCAAUAUAUC